AGAGGCGGGCGGUGCGCGCGGGGUGCGCGUGACGCUGGGGCUCCCGGGCUGUGCGGCCUGGGCGGCGUCCCACGGCUCGCUUCCCCACCACGAAAGCAAGCUGACCCAAGGGGCCUGUAGGGGCAUUUGCUGGUGAGGUCCAGCUCUGCGGCACAGAGGGACGAAGGACUCCGCAGCCCUGGGGCUAUCUGCCUGUGGCCUGUGCGAGAGCCGGAGCAGCUCUUACCCAGGUGCAGGGGCCGCUGGGGAGGAGGUGGAGGCAGGUGGGGCCAAGGGCAGGGCUAGACUUAGGCAGCCCCUCAAGUGCCUCACCAGUGCCCUGCCAUCUCAGACUGGGACUGAGUGCUUGAGACAUAGCGGCUUCUCCUUUGAGGCUGUAGACUCUGGUGGUGGCUUCGCCUAGUAGAGGGGACGCCCAGCCCCCGCAGAAGCAGAGGGAUGUUCAAGGGGCGUUGGUCACACAGAGCCCUGGGAGCAGGGGCUAGGGACAGAGACCUUGGAAAGCAGGAGGGCUCUGAAUUUCCAGGGCUCUUCAGCAGUUCGGACUCCUGGGCCAAUACAGGCUGAAAAUGGGGGGUCUCAUGACGCCAUAAUCCCCUGGGCCUGGGACCGACGGCUGUGAGUGGCACCACAGGCCUCCGCCCCCGGGCCCCCUGCACUGGGCUGGGCGCGGUUCUGCUGGGCGUACGCAGUCGGAGGCGGCGCCGGUCAGGCCCGGGCGCCUAUGGACGCGCGGAGCCCGCUGUCUGCCCGGGCCAGCGCGUUCAGCAUCGCCUCUCUUGUUGCAGCCGAGGCCUCGGAGGGCACCGCCCACCGGGGCCCCAGGCCCUCGGACUGGGCGAAACUUCGCAGGCUACCAGGAUCCCCAGCCGGGAUGCACUUCAGCACAGUCACCAGGGACAUGGAAGCCUUCGCGGCCAGCAGCCUGAGCGGCCUGGGAGCCCCGUCGCCUGGCGCCGACCCGUUCGGCCCGCGCGAGCCGCCGCCUCCGCGCUACGACCCGUGCGCCGCCGCCCCCGGCGCCCCGGGCCCGCCGCCGCCGCGCGCCUACCCAUUCGCGCCAGCCCCCGGGGCGGCCAGCAGCUCGGCGGCAGAGCCGGAGGGUCCGGGGGCCACCCGCGCGGCCGCCGCCAAGGCGCCGGUGAAGAAGAACCCGAAGGUGGCCAGCGUGAGCGUGCAGCUGGAGAUGAAGGCGCUGUGGGACGAGUUCAAUCAGCUGGGCACCGAGAUGAUCGUCACCAAGGCGGGCAGGCGAAUGUUCCCCACCUUCCAAGUGAAGCUCUUUGGAAUGGACCCCAUGGCUGACUACAUGCUACUCAUGGACUUUGUGCCUGUGGAUGACAAGCGCUACCGGUAUGCCUUCCACAGCUCCUCCUGGCUGGUGGCUGGCAAGGCGGACCCCGCCACACCUGGCCGAGUGCACUACCACCCUGACUCUCCAGCAAAGGGCGCACAGUGGAUGAAGCAAAUCGUGUCUUUCGACAAGCUGAAGCUGACCAAUAACCUGUUGGAUGACAAUGGCCACAUUAUUCUCAACUCCAUGCACAGAUACCAACCCCGCUUCCAUGUUGUCUACGUGGACCCUCGCAAAGACAGUGAGAAAUACGCAGAGGAGAACUUCAAAACCUUUGUAUUUGAGGAAACACGCUUCACUGCAGUCACCGCCUACCAGAACCACCGGAUCACGCAGCUUAAGAUUGCCAGCAAUCCCUUCGCCAAAGGCUUCCGGGACUGCGACCCCGAGGACUGGCCCCGGAACCACCGCCCCGGAGCGCUGCCGCUUGUGAGUGCCUUUGCUCGCUCUCGGAACCCCGUGGCUUCCCCCACGCAGCCCAACGGCGCGGAGAAAGACGCAGCCGAAGCCCGGCGAGAGUUCGAUCGUGACUCCGGACCCGCAGCGCUCGGCGACGCCGCGCACCCGCCGCAGCUGCUGGCGCGCGUGCUGAGCCCCGCACUGCCCGGGUCUGGCGGCCUCGUCCCACUACCUGGAGCGACCGGAGGCCGGCAUAGCCCCCCGCACCCCGAGCUGCGCCUAGAGGCGCCGGGCGCGUCCGAGCCGCUGCACCACCAUCCCUACAAGUACCCGGCCGCAGCCUACGACCACUACCUCGGGGCCAAGAGCCGGCCGGCGCCCUACCCGCUGCCCGGCCUGCGCGGCCACGGCUACCAUCCGCACGCGCACCCACACGCGCACCCGCACCACCACCACCACCCGGCGGUGAACCCGGCCGCCGCAGCCGCCGCCGCGGCAGCAGCCGCCGCCAACGUGUACUCGUCGGCGGCCGCGCCGCCUGGUGCCUAUGACUACUGCCCCAGAUAGUGCGCCCGCGCGCGGCCCCAAGGGCCACCUAAGGACGCGCUCCCCCGCUGGGGAGCCUUGCGGGCCUCCCGCCCGCUAGUGCCAAAGCUCCCGUCCGAGGCGGAAGGAAGUGGUAUUUAUUGUUCUCCGCGAGACCGCGUCGCCUCCGGCCCGGCCGGCUAUUGCAGUGUAGACGACUCGAGUGAGCCCCGCCUGCGGGCGGUGUAGAUACGUGUAGAUAUGUGUAGAUACUGUAGAUACUGCGCCGGCGCCGAUUUCAUAAACGGUUUCGCCUCUUUUGGAAAUUGCCAGUGUGGCUCUUCAUUUGCAUCCCGUUCAAGCGGGCAUCUUUGGGAGAGAGGGACUUAGUCUUCCCAGCCCUGGUCACUGGUGGGGGCUUGGAGCAGGGGUCUCCACAGCCCUACCCAGUCCUCCCCUCUCGUUGGCCUCUCUGCCUCCCUCCCGCAGCUCCCCGGGUCCCCCACAGGCUGCCUGUCCCCAGGGCAGCCACUGGCUUUCCCUUUAGUUCCCCACACCUGAAGCUGCUGCUGCUGAUGUAGGACUUGGGCCUGAUCGCUGACCUGUUUGCAGGACUAGACCCUAAUGUUUUUCUGAGGAAGCCGGGAAUGAUGGUCCUGACAGGACACUGUCCAUCCGGCCUAGAUGGCAUGUGGGAAGACAAAAACAGGCGUGCUUUUCCAGCAUUGCCCUGGUUUGGCACCAGCCCAGAGUUGAGUUCCUCCUGUUUAUUGACUUUAUUCACUGAAUGUCCCCACACAGUGGCCUGGGAGGGUGGGGGGGCGGGCGUACAAUGACAGUGGUCGUGAGUCAUCUUGAAACUCCCGUGUGAAGCAAUUUUCCCCAGGCCAGGUGGCUGGGUGACCUGUCUCCAUUAACUCAACACCAUCCAAGUGGCCAAAGAAACCCUUUGAUCCCUCCCUUCCUGAGCAGGAAGGGCCAGCCGAAGGCCAGCCAGAGUUAAGGCUGGCUUAUGCCUCAAACAAAUGGGAAAUGCCAGGUUCUA